AUGGAUAAUUCCAAAAAACAACAAAAGAUUCAAGAUGGCCAAAUUGGCCAAUUAGCUUCAUCAUCUUCAAGAGCACUAGGACAAUUUCCUAUAAAACCUGAUGUUAAUCGAAUAGAGCAUUACAAUCUAAUUGAGCUUAGGAGCGGACGGACCUUGGGAGAUCCUCAAGUGACUACUCCAAAAGGGAUGAAAGCUGAAGAAGAGCUCUCUCCUCCGACACCCAAAUCCACUCAAAUGCAAGAAGAUGAGGAGAGUACUAUUAAGGUUGAAGAGACUCUUCCACUAAACCCACAAAGUCAAGUAGUCCCUUUUCCUCAAAGAUUAGUGAUGCUGAAAGAAGACGAAGAGUUUGGCAGAUUUUUGGAAAAAGUUAAAGAAAUUUGUGUUGAAGUUCCCUUAAUUGAUGCAAUUUUACAAAUGCCCAAGUUUGCCAAAUUCUUGAAAGACAUCAUGUCAAACAAAAGAAGAAGGGGAGACAUUGAGACUAUAGCACUUACUGAGGAAUGCAACGCUUUAUUUGAGAAGAACAUUUUCCUAAAGCUUAAAGAUCCAGGAAGCUUUUACAUCCCCUGCAAUAUAGGAUCUGAGUUCAUAAAAAAAGCUUUUUGUGAUUUGGGGGCAAUUGUUAACCUCAUUCCACAUUCAAUCUGUAAUAAAUUGGGUCUCAAAAACUUAAAACUUACCACCAUGACACUACAAUUAGCUGAUCAUUCAUGCAGGUUUCCAAUGGGAAUUAUUGAGGAUGUGCCGAUAGAGGUUGGUGGGAAUAUAAUUCCCACAGAUUUUGUAGUACUGGACAUGGUAGAGGAUCCAAAGAUUCUGAUCAUAUUAGGAAGACCUUUCCUUGUAACAGUUGGAGUAAUAAUUGAUGUUAAAAAUCAUAAACUUUCAUUGGUAAUUGAUAAGAAAAGGUCAGAGUAUGAUUUGUCUAACUCUUCUAACCAUGUUUCUUCUUUUCUAUUAGGUGUUUGCAGCGGGGCGGACGCUUAUGAGCUUGAGGAUUGGAAUUUCCAUCCUCAUGGGAGGCCACCGGAUGAGGAACAUGAUCCGGCGAGUGAAAUUGGGAGGAGGCUUCCCAAUAACAAUGAAAAAUACAUCUGCCCUCCUAGUGCAAGGAAAAGAGAAAAGGAUUAA